AUGUCGAUCGAAGCGUUCCUUCCCGAUGAACGUUCAAUAAUACCAGCGAAAGAUUCGAGCAAUGUUCAGGAAUGCAUUCAAUUGUUUAUAAGCAAAGAAGAUUUGGAUGGAAAUGAAAAGCCGGCAGGAGAAGAAAAGUGUCCGGAUGUUCUCGUACUUCAUCGAAAACGUUUUUCACAAACUCGCAGUCAAACGAAAUUGAAUAUUCGUGUGGACUUGCCAAUCAACGAUCUCAAUCUUAAUGAUCUAAUCGAUGUGGCGUCCGAAAGUUAUGAAGGGUCUGUCGCGAGUUUCAAUCUAUUUGGUGUAUCGAAUCGUAGUGACAUGGCUUACUCAGGUCACUCUAUCACCCAAGGCAAACAUCCAUGUACUAAUCAAUGGCAUGAAUUCAAUGAUUCAUCAGUUUAUUCUUUGAAUAACAACUCUCGUCAAAUGCCUGUGCUAUUUUAUGAGCGCAAUAAAUAA